AUGGACUUUUCACUACGCCUAUUGGUCGGAUCCCAAAAGUUUUGUCAUUGGAUUCAGGCGCAGGCAAAACAAUAUAUUGAAUGGGGGGAUUUGACUACCCACGAUACGUGGAGCGUCACUCCCCUCUUAGCUUUGUACAACUUCUCAUUCUCCUCCGAUACCUUGCAUAUCCUCAAAGAAAACAGGAUUAGGCUGAACACUCAGCUAACAAUGUUGGCUAGCUAUAAAGCACUGAGUCCGUUAGUCCAUUUUGAGUCCAUAAAUAAAUCCAUCACCCAAAGCACGUGCAUCUUGCGGUGCACCAGCGCCACUCUCCGAGUCAUUGUUUCCAAGCAAAGCAAUUGUCAUAUCGAGUGCUGCAAGAGUUGA